GCACCUUAUCUGAAAAUGUGUAGGAUCAACAAAAACAAUCUUAAGCAAUGAAUAAUGAAGGGCGUGCUCCGUAUGUCCCUUGAUCUAUCCUUAAACCCCAAAAACAAGGGAGCUAUCAAACAUUCUGUAGUAAGGUAUUAUUAAGGAUGCGUUUCUUGAUAUCCUUCAUAUGCACUGAAAUAGAAAAAUAAAGGGUACUGACCAACAAUUGAAAUUAAGUCCUGUUUCCUAGUGUGAAUCUCGCCUGCCGUUUAUGACAAGAACGUUUGGCCUGCAGACAGCUAGACGUCAUCGUUUUACUGUUGUUGUGGCGCCAGACCGGUGACGCUACGAAGAGUCAGCAAAGUAGGCACUUUACACCUAUUUAAUCAAAAGGUGAAACGAGAUAUUUUAAAAACAAUCAAAUCGAUUAUUUUUACAACCCAGGAAAUGGCCGUUCCUGCUGUCCCAACCCUGCAACUGAACAACACAGUAAGUCAAAACUCCGCAGAACGUAACAUCCAUAUUGACGAAAGAGAAUUGGAGAACAUCACGAACAACGAUGGAAACGGCACCCUCCCAUUACAUUCUCCGUGGACUUUUUGGCUUGAUAGAUCUUUACCAGGAACAACCGCAGCACAAUGUGAAUCAGGUCUGAAGAAAAUCUACACUGUGCAAACAGUUCAGAGCUUUUGGAGCGUGUACAACAAUAUACCUGGAGUUUCCAGUUUACCACUGAGAUGUAGCUAUCACUUAAUGAGAGGAGAGAGAAGACCACUCUGGGAAGAAGAGAGUAAUGCAAAGGGGGGAGUUUGGAAAAUGAAAGUACCCAAAGAAAGCACUCCUGCUGUAUGGAAGGAGUUACUGUUAGCCACUAUUGGGGAGCAAUUCACUGAUUACUGUGCUGCAGAGGAUGAGGUGGUUGGUGUUAGUGUCAGCAUACGAGACAGAGAAGAUGUUGUUCAAAUCUGGAAUGGAAUUGCCUCUUUUGCUAACGAAGCAAACGUCCUAGGACGGAUCUAUGAACUUCUUCCACAGAUAACUUUUAAGGCAGUAUUUUAUAAGCCACAUGAGGAGCAUCAUGCCUUCGAAGGAGGUCACCCAAGACAUUAGCACUCUUUGCACAUUUUACACUUUGUUGUUUUUGGUCUUCGAAAUGGACUGAAUUGUCCCCUAAUCUGAGCUCUACUGUCUUUUGUAAAUGUGUUAUACAAUUACUUCAGUUUGGGCAGACAGAAAAUAUAAUAGCUGUGGCUUCAUUUUAGGAUGACUAAUAAACAUGUACUUUAGUGUUUGUUUUUUAUACAAAGAUAUUUAGCUAAAACCGAAGAGGACAAUAGUUGAUCAUGUAUAUAUAUAUAUUUUUACCACAUUUGAUCUCAACUGCAAUUUUACCAGAGCCUUUUAUUUGUUAUCAUGGGUUCCAGAUCUCAGAAUAUAUUUUCAGUAUGUAAGGGAUUUACAUUGUUACCUUAUUCUAGAAUGAAUGAAUGAAGAGUCUUUUCCUCAAGACAGUAAUAUUCAUACUGUUUUAUGCAAAAAUGUUGCACAUUCUCAAUGUUUUUUUGUUUGGUAGUUUUUGUUGUUUUUUGGGGUUAGGGGAAAGAAAGCUGUUAACUGUUACUUGUUGUUAGAUUUGUAAAGUGACACCAACUUUUGUACAAAAUCAGAAAAUGGUACUAGAAAAAAAUAUAUGCAGUAGUUUACCCAGAGUGUUUUUGUAAUAGCGGUGGAUCAUUGAACAAACACACUCAAUAUUGUUUUUUCCGAAACAAGCAUUUUUCAUUUUUACUAUAAUUAACAGGAUCUCUAUUACUGUUUCUUCAGUUCACUGAUGCUAAUUUCUAAGUUGUGCACGUGUUUAUUAUAAGCUCCACAAAAGGGAUUUGAUCAAGAAAUAUUACAUUUCUAUCAUGAAUAUUAUUCUCAUUAAAGUCCUACAAACUUUAAAAGAAACCCUUCUUAAAAUAAAAUGUAUGCUGUAUAAACCGUG